CAAAACAUUAUUAAUCUUCUCGUGCAUUUUUAUUUUUCCUUCCAAAAUUUCAACAAUUACUCUCUCUCUCUCUCUCUCUUUCUAUAUAUAUGCGAAAAUAAUAGGUCACUGAGUAGGUGCAUGGUCUGGCCUAUUCAGCAUUUCCUUUCUGUCAAUAUCUCUAUCCUUAUAACAAAACGCCUGAGCAAGCCAUACCAGUUUGCAGCAGCAAAGCACAGAACACAACUCUUUAGAGAAAGAAAGAGAGAAAGAAUAGUGGGAUUUGAUUUCCUUUUUCUUGGGAGCAUCAAUGGCAGUGUUAGUGAUGGUGUUUGGUGUUGGGCUGUUUAUGGGAUUGUGUGUUUUAUUUGCUAUGUUCUUGAAAUGGAAUGAAAUAAUGUAUGCAAGAAAAGGGUUGCCUCCUGGUACAAUGGGUUGGCCAGUUUUUGGUGAGACUAUUGAAUUCCUCAAGUUUGGACCUGACUUCAUGAAAAAUCAAAGAGCAAGGUAUGGAAAUGUCUUCAAGUCUCAUGUCUUGGGUUCUCCUACAGUUAUUUCCAUGGAUGCAGAGCUCAAUAGAUACAUUCUUUUAAACGAAGCAAAAGGACUUGUUCCUGGCUACCCAAAAUCCGCUCUAGACAUACUUGGAAGCUGCAAUAUUGCCGCCGUGCAUGGCUCUACCCAUAAACACAUAAGAGGUUCAAUGAUAUCCCUUGUUGGCCCUCCCAUGAUCAAAGAACACCUUCUGUCGAAAAUUGACAAGUCUCUGAUAUUCUUUCUUGCGGACUGGGAAGGCAAAACCAUUGAUAUCCAAGAAAAAGCUAAUGAGAUGGCGUUAUUCAUAGGCUUCAAGCAGAUUCUCGAAACUGAAUCUGGUUCAAUUUAUGAAAGUCUCAAAUCAGAAUUUGAUAAGCUAUUACUAGGAACAUUGUCACUUCCUAUCAACAUUCCAGGCACAAAUUACUACUCUGGAUUCCAGGGAAGAAAAAGAACUGUCAAGAUUCUGAAACAAAUUAUUCAAGAGAGAAGAGCUUCUUCAAUAACUCAUAAUGACAUUCUGGGUCAUCUUCUAAACAGCAAAGACCCAAAAUACCAGUUAAAUGAUCAAGAAAUACUUGAUCAAAUUAUUACAAUUCUAUAUUCAGGUUUCGAAACUGUCUCAACUACUACAAUGAUGGCCAUCAAAUAUCUCUAUGAACAUCCUGGAGUUCUUCAGGAACUUAGAGCAGAGCAUUUAAUGAUUCGGCGAAGGAAGAAGGCAGGGGAGAUGCUUGACUGGGAUGACUACAAGUCCAUGAAUUUUACUCGUGCUGUGAUUUUCGAAACAUCAAGAUUGGCUACAGUUGUAAAUGGAGUACUAAGAAAGACAACGAAAGAUAUUGAAUUUAAUGGGUUUUAUAUUCCAAAAGGGUGGAGAAUAUAUGUUUAUACAAGGGAGAUUAACUACGAUCCAUCGCUAUAUCCAGAGCCUUUGACCUUCAAUCCAUGGAGAUGGAAGGAUGCGAAUUUGGAGUCUCGCAAUUAUUGUUUCCUUUUUGGAGCAGGAACAAGGCUAUGCCCUGGAAAAGAAUUAGGCAUAGUUAUAAUUUCUAUAUUCCUUCACUAUUUUGUCACACAAUACAGUUGGGAGGAAGUUGGGGGGAAUGAAAUUCUGAAGUUCCCUAGAGUUGAAGCACCAAAUGGGUUCCAUAUAAGGGUAUCCAAGUACUAAAGAUUAAUCAGAAUUAUAUUUAAUAUUUAAAUAUAUAGAAUAAACAAAUUAUA